AUGGCAACGCCUAGUGAUACUUCGGAGCACAACGGGCAAUCUAGGCGCCCCGCAGAAUCUGCGUUCAAGCAGCAACGUCUGCCUGCUUGGCAGCCUAUUCUUACUGCUGGCACUGUUCUGCCGACUUUCUUCGUCAUAGGGAUAGCAUUUAUACCUGUUGGGAUUGGUUUGCUCUACUUUUCAGAUGAGGUUAAAGAACAUGUUAUAGACUAUACACACUGUAUGAAAGAAAAUGAUAAUAUAACAUGUGCUAGUUUCAUCAAGCACACAUUGGAACCCUGCAUAUGCCGCCUUGAAUUCAACCUGACAGAGGACUAUAAAAAAGAUGUUUUCUUUUAUUAUGGACUUGGUAACUACUACCAGAAUCAUAGACGAUAUGUUAAGUCAAGAGAUGACAAUCAACUUCUCGGUCGCCUGUCACUGAACCCAUCGACUGACUGCGAACCAUUCGCUUAUGCUGAGGAGGACGGGAAAGUGAAGCCUGUAGCACCUUGUGGCGCUAUUGCAAACUCAUUAUUUAAUGAUACAUUGGAGGUGAAGUCUGCAGACGGACAGUUCUCUGUACCUGUCCUCAAUACCGGCAUCGCCUGGACCUCUGACAGAGAAAUUAAGUUUAGGAAUCCUGCAGGUGACCUCAAAAUUGCUUUCGCGAAUUUCACGAAACCUUCUAACUGGCGCAAACACGUUUGGGAGUUGGAUCCUACCAAUAAAGAGAACAAUGGCUUCCAGAACGAAGACCUGAUAGUGUGGAUGAGAACUGCCGCGCUGCCAUCGUUCCGCAAGCUGUACCGUCGUGUUAACCACGAAAUGGAUGGCUUUCGAGACGGCCUCGUCAAAGGGAGCUAUAUACUUGUCGUAAAUUACAGCUAUCCUGUAAUCGAUUUCGACGGAAAAAAAUCCUUUGUAAUAUCGACAACAUCACUGCUCGGCGGCAAGAACCCGUUCUUGGGCGUGGCGUACGUAGUAGUGGGCACGAUGUGUCUGUUGCUGGGCAUCGUGCUUCUCGUCAUACAUGUCAAGUGCUCCAAGAGCACAACCGAGAUGAUAAACGUGAACCCACGCACGCCCUACUCUUAG